UCCCCGCUUCCUUUUCCGGUGCCAGGAGGAGCCGUGUCGCUGUCGCCUCGGUCCAUCAGGCCUUCAGCGGGUCUCCAUUGCCCGUCUCUCUGGACUCACCGCCGCCACUGUGCCGCGCCUAGGACUCGGAUCCUGCCGGGAAAAUGUCAGAUGAAUUUUCGCUGGCAGAUGCGCUACCUGAACAGUCCUCUGCCAAACCGCCUGCUGUGACCAAUACAAAAGCUGGCCAUUCUUCUCAAGGGUGGCCAGGCUCCAGCCCGUGGAGCAACCCAAGUGCUCCACCUGCAAUGCCAUCUGGACUCCCCCCGAGUAGCGCAGCACCCUCUACUGUGCCUUUUGGACCAGUACCAACAGGAAUGUAUCCCUCCAUGCCUCCAACCGGACCACCCCCAGGACCCCCGGGACCCUUUCCUCCUCCUGGACCAUCAUGUCCCCCACCUGGUGUUCCUUAUCCUGCUGUGCCAGGCCCUGGCCCCACAGGGCCAUAUGCUACGCCAAAUAUGCCUAUGCCAGAGCUGCCUAGGCCAUAUGGUGCACCCACAGAUCCAGCUGCAGCCGGUUCUUUAGGUCCAUGGGGAUCCAUGUCUUCUGGACCUUGGGCACCAGGAAUUGCGGGGCAGCAUCCUAAUAUGCCAUAUCGAUCUCCAGGGCCAUAUCCCACUGUUCCUCCUCCAGUGUCAGGAGCACCACCUGUUCCGUGGGGCACUGUGCCACCAGGAGCCUGGGGACCACCAGCACCAUAUCCUGGCCCUGCAGGAUCAUACCCCACGCCAGGACCCCAUCCUUCUCUGAACAACCCUUACCAAGUGCCUUCAGGACCUGCUGGUGCUCCACCCAUGCCUGGUGGCCCCCACUCUUACCAUUAAGUUGACAGUGGAUGAAGAGAUGGCGCAAUGCUUUUUGAAGUACAUGUGUAUGCACGAGAAAGCAUAUAUAAUGGCUGGUUUCGCUGUUGGUUGAGGGCAUUUGUGAAAGAACUUUGCACCUCAGUUCCUGCUUCAUGUGUUUGGAUAUGUAGAACAUCACGUGGGUACAAUCAGAUAAAUGUAGAAGUGAAUCAUUCAAGUGUGCUUAAUGUGAUUAUGUGUAUUGAAUAACAUUUGAUAAUAUUUGUUUAAAGCAUAACUAUGCCCUGAAAAUCUAAAAUAACAUGGAUUAUUGUUAGAAUCUACAUCUUAAUUGACAACAUCAAGUACUUUUUAUAAUCACACCACCACCACCACUGCACCCCACAGAACCAAGAACAAUCACUUAAUUGAAAUAUGACUCCUCAACAUUUUGAGCUCCUCCUACCUACACAAACCUGGCCCUCUUACUGUAUUUAUCUAUGUAACUCUGUGUGUGUGUGUGUGUGUGUGUGUGUGUGUGUGUGUGUGUGUGUGUGUGUNUGUGUGUGUGUGUGUGUGUGUGUGUGUGUGUGUGUGUGUAUGUGUGUGUGUAUACUAAGUUUAAUUCAACCAUUAUAUCCAGUUCUCUCCUAUCAAGAUUGCUUCAUGAUCUAAGGACAGAUUCUUGCUCUGACGGAGCUCUAGAGGAAUACUGGCACCAAAUGCACCUGGAGUUGGAAGUUUUACUCUGGUAGUCAGACUGCCCGUGCUGAUUCCAGCCUCAGGAAGAAAUAAGGAAAAUGGGCGAGAUGAGUAAGGCAGCCCUGUUAAACUGUCGCUGCCUUGGGUCCUCCACCCUCCCAGCCAACUGAGUAGCAAGGCCAGCACACCGAUGUCACAUGCUAUAUGCCUUCUUUACUAUCUAAUUUUGGAAUUUACAAAUCAUUGUUUCCUUAAGAUAGCAAUUACAAAAGGUGGUUCGUUUCUAUCAUUACAUUAUUUCCUUGUAAGUUAGACAAGUUACUGGUCUAAUGAGAUGGUCAGAACUCCAGCAGGGCUUUUGGCUGUGCACUGGAGGUGUGGGCUUUGGCAUUUUGGUGUAGUCUGCUUCUUGCAUCUUCUCUUCUCACCCUGCCAGUCUGGGCCUGAGGGUUUCCANCUUCCGGUCAGAUCUAGAGUCUUCACCCUCACAGCAAAGCGUGACUCUUGAGCUUNUUUGGGAGUACAGAGCUAUGGGGGCAGUAACUGCUGACCCAAAAAUAUCGCUGGUCUUCCCACCACGUGGGUUAAAACAGACUUAUCAAAGACACCUUCCUAAUUAAGCCCGGAAACUUGGCUCGAGUGCAUUCGAUGCCAGCUUUUUUUUCUGGAGCUCUCAGCAAGAAACCUGUCCUCGGAGCUCAGUGCCAUUUUGAGAGAAACAUUUUGUUAUUUUGGCAGAACUAGGUAUAAUGGUUAAAUUAAACUUACUAAUACAAGUAUGUCACUAAAAGAUAAAAAGAGGCCCCAGCUGUAGGUAGAGGAUUUGUCCUCUAGGGUAUGUUUGAGGUUCUUCCAUUGGUUUCUCUAUUGGAUGCCAUCCUAUUAGGCUUUCCUGAAGUAACACUUCUUUUGGACUCCCACAAAGAUUGCUGGUUCUCCCCUGGGAGCUUCUUGGAUAUGGAGCCCGACCUGCCAGCCUGAGUAUUGGAGCCCUGGAACAUUGUCACUGCCCUGCCUACCUACGUAACUCUAAGCCAAUAAUUAUCAGUUGCCAAGUUCAUCAGCCAGUGUGGGGUUUGGUGUUCUUUGUAGGGUCAUUGGUGUUCUUGUUAGUGGAACUUAAUAGCCCACCCUGUGUGGUGUGCUCUCAAUGGUACUUCCAUUAAACCCUGGUUUUUUAGGACUUUACAACUGAAUAAUUGGGAGUUACUGGGUUUAUCNUUAUUUAAUGUAAGAGUGGAAAUCAAAGGGAUAGCAGGUUUUCUUGUUUUUUAUUUGUUUUCAGAACAUGUCUCUUGUUGCCUUAAGGGUAGGGUGUUUCUGGGUUUCAGGAAAGAAUCAAGAAAAGCAAAAAUAAAAUGAAUAACCAGUAGCCAAAUGAGGAAAAUUAUCUGGAAAGGAUUUUCUGUUUUGUUUUAACCUAAGAAUAAUCCUGCUUUCAGAACAAACAGUGUAGGCCAUGACUGGUCUACUGAGAAGACAGAUAGAUUGUCAGUAAGUGGUCUUAAAGGAGUCAAUUAUAGAAUUUGUUGACAUGGCCUCAAUAAUUCUUAAAUAAGUACAAUAAAGAUAGUCAAGAUGUGUACAAGGAUAGUUUUUGUGAAGUUGAAGUCUUUGGUUUUGUAAUGUUUGGUUCUUUACAAAGCCUCCCUCCCUCCCGACCUUGUUGGUUUUGCUNUCAGUGGUGGUUAAUGUCUAUUUCUCAUGCCACACCUCACGGGUGGCCUCACCUAGACAGCUUUUGGAAACUGGAUUGGAGAUAGCCCCACCCUGUUUCUGGUAAGAUACUGCCUCAGUUUCAGUGGUUGCCUACACUUAUCAACUGGUGCCAUGUAUUCCUCAAAAUGCCAAGAUUACAAACUCUGCAAGUUUCACGGGCCUUUGAAUCCUUCCAGCGUUUAGAGAAGCAGGCGCCUAACUGAACCAGCUGCUAGAGAACAGUGGAUGCUUUGGGGGAAAACAUCGGAACUUUCAGAAUUCUGCCAACGGAAACAACAAUGGACAAUGGCAAUUGGGACUGAGAUUUCCUGCUUGCUUCUAGCUGCAGAACCCAUCUCAGGACUGACCCUGUCCCGUGUGCACAUCCAGGAUGGAGCUCUUGUCCCUGUGCUCAGGAGCUUCCUGGUGGGGCCACCAGUACAGCCACCAGAGGAAAGGGGAUUUGCGAUAGCUCUCAGAGAGGAGAGCAGGCUGUCCUGGGCAUUUUAAAAAAUGUGGCAUUUGGGUUUUUUCUUUUUGUUUUUUGUUUUUUGAGGCGGGGUCUCGCCACAUAACUCUGGCUAACCUGAAACUAUGUAGUUGAAGAAAUCACAAAAAACUUUCUGUUUCUGUCUCCCAAAUUCUGAGAUUAAAGGCAUGUGGCUGGCUUAAUAAACUGGUUGUGUGUGUAUAUAUGUAAAUGAAUAUCUUUCAUGAGCCACGUGUGGUGUUGCAUGCCGUUGAUAUCCCAGCACUUGGGAGGCAGAGGCAGUCAGAUCUCUUAACACAAGGACAGCUUGGUCUACAGAGAAUUACAGGGCAACCAGGGUUAUACAGGGAAAUGAAGUCUCACAAAACCAUCAUUCCAAGGUUGUAGUGUUCAUCAGUGCAACUAGUCAAGUGUACAAUAUAACAGGAUUGUUUCCCGUUGGUCUGGAUAAAGGCCCAGCUGCCACUGGUUGACACUGACCUCAUGAAGUGGACACUACUUUUUAUAUGUGCUCUGUAAGAGGUUUUGUAAUACUUUUUUUGGGAUUAUGAUUUUUUUCACUUAUUGAAUAAUGUCAAAUUUGAUGUAUUUUACAGUCUAUGCAUUUUAAGUUAAGCUGCCUGAAGUGUGGUUUGAGACAUGUAUGUUUAUAUUGUAAGCAAUGGAAGAUACUAGGUUUUGUCACCUGCUGCUGUAUUUGGAAACAAAGACAAAUGUCGCCUGAAGAAGUAAUUAUAAUUAGAAGUAGGCUAUUGAUGUGAUCAUUGAUAUUUUUGAGGUAAACUUGUUUGCUUUUGUGUGUAAUACCUGAAAGCUUUUUUAAGAAAAUGUAUUUUCGUGA